AUUUAUUAAUAUCUAUUUAACUUAUUAAUAACUUAACAUAUAAAAUGGUAAAAACAAAGGAGAAUUCUGAGAACAACGCAUCCUCUGAAGCUGAAGAGGAGGAAUACGCUGUUGAGAAGAUUUUAGAUCGUCGCGUUCGCAAGGGCAAGGUGGAAUAUUUUCUAAAGUGGAAGGGGUAUGCCGAAACUGAAAACACCUGGGAGCCGGAGGGAAAUCUCGAUUGCCAGGACUUAAUACAACAAUAUGAGCUGAGUCGCAAGGACGAGGCCAAUACAUCGGGCGGCACGUCAAAAAAGGAAAGACCACAUAGCAGUGCCAAAAACAAGGAAUCGGGUCGUACUAGCGCAACCAUCUCAGUCAACAAACGCAAGUCCGAGGAACCAACGGCUCCAGGGAGCAAGACAGCUCGUGCCGAGCCGGAAGAAAAUGGCAUCAAUGGGCCAACGGAUGGCACUGGCUUUGAUCGCGGCCUUGAAGCUGAAAAGAUUUUGGGCGCAUCUGAUAAUAAUGGACGUCUAACAUUCCUUAUACAGUUCAAAGGCGUCGAUCAAGCUGAAAUGGUGCCAUCGGUUAUAGCCAAUGUAAAAAUUCCACAAAUGGUAAUUCGAUUUUAUGAGGAGCGCCUCUCCUGGUACUCUGACAACGAGGAUUGAUCGAGCCGAAAUCGUAAACGUAUAAAUAAUUGUCAUACGUAAUUUCACGUCAUCCAUUCAUUUUACUAUAAAGCUCAACACAUAUUGAUGUUUUACCUAAUAUUCAAUAAAUAACUUAUCUAUUCAUGUAUGUAUAAGUGUAACAUAUAGAGCUCUCUAACCGCAAAAGUGUAAGCCAUUUUUUAA